AUGUCCGAUCCAGACGUGUUUACGAAACCGUUCAACUUGACCCCAAAAUUCCACCGUGAUCUCUACCCGUUCAUCUCGCCCGAGAAUCCCCAGAACUCGCAGGAAGGUAAGAUCGUCGUUGUCAUCGGAGGCGGCGAUGGAAUCGGCGCUGCCGCCGCGCAAGUCUGGGCUCGCGCCGGAGCUCAGGGCGUGGUCCUUGUCGCGAGACGCGCCGAGACUCUCCAGAAGGUCGGUAGCGAGAUUAAGGCCGCGAACCCCAAGGUGGAAGUCGUGAUAGCGCCCACCGAUAUUACCAAUGGGGACGCCGUCAAGGAGAUGUUCGGCAAAGUCAACAGCGCCUUCGGAAGACCUGCGGAUGUGAUGCUCAAUGUCGCUGGAUAUUCUGCCGAGAACGAGAUGGUCGGAGACACCGGUGUGGAGGAGUGGUGGAAAAGCUGGAAUGUCAACCUCAAGGGUUCCUAUGCAGCGAUCCACCAUUUCAUCCAGUCGCAGAAAGAUCCCAAGAACCCGACCGGUACCGUAAUCCUGGUGUCCGGAAACCGAGCGGGCCUGACGGAGCCCGGGCACUCGGCAUACAACAUCUCUAAGCUCGCACAGCAGCGGCUCAUCGAACAUAUCCACGCAGAGUACCCCACCCUGCGCGCCUUCACUACGUCGCCAGGUAUCGUUCUGACGAAGCAGAUAACGCCCGCUUACAUGAAAUACGCCGUCGACCACCCGCAGCUGCUCGGCUCCCUGACGCUAUACUUGGCGCAGCCCCGCGCGGAUUACCUGCGAGGUGAUUACGUCAGUGUCAACUGGGACAUGGAGGAGUUGGAGACGUACAAGGAUGAUAUCGUAAAAAGGAAGCUGCUGAAAACUUCAUGGUUGCCCAUCAUGCCCAUUGGAGGCGGAACAGGGUUGGGUGGCAGUCUAGCCCAGAAGUAG